AUGGAUGAUCAGACAAGUUUGAGAUCUGUCCAGCAUGGCCAGGGCAAUUCUCGUGGAAAUGGGAAUGGUUUGCCGAGAUCUACUUCUACGAAUGACCUGUUUUCUUUCCCAUCUUAUGGGCAGAAACGGUUUACGGUGGGGAAAGAUAGUGGGGCACAUUUGCACAAGUCGAUGUCGAUCACUAAUUUGGACUUGAUUCCAGAGCACAAGACGAACCACCGGAUGACGCCGUACCAGAUCCAGCGCACGCACAUGAAGCAGUCGUUCCAGUUUCCGAAUGGGGAGAAUUUCACGCCUCGGAAGAGGCUUCCCAAGAGUGCGAGCUGUGUGUCGCUUGACAAGAACCGGUACGAGACGAGUGUGAGUCCGGGAUCUAUGGGCAUGGGCAUGGGCAUGGGCCCUGGGGAUGGAAGGAAGAUGCCUCGGUCUUCCAGCAUGGUUUCUGUUUCGCUGCCACAAUCUUCUGGUAAGAUUCGUCAGAAUAAUAAGUACAGACCAUCGAACCGUAGCACUUCUGAGCUUGUCGAUUCCUGGACGCCUUUAGCCAAACCACAGGCCAAACCACAGGCUAAGCCUGUGGCCAAGGCCCCAGUCAAGGCCCCAACCACCUCAACUCCCGUGGUUGUGCCCCAGCCUCAAUUCCACGCUCCCCUAACAGCAUCCACUUUGUACGCCAGCAAGCUCCAGGAACGCAACUCGCAACUGAGCAUCAACUCGCUGUCACAAAGACAAACAACCUCAAGUAAUGAAUCCCAAAGCACAGAUACCUCCCUCAAAGAAACCUGCGAUCCAGGCAGUGCCACAAGUACAGAUCUCAGCGAUGAAGACUUGACCAAGAAAUUCCUGGCCAUAAGACAAAAGAAAAGCUUGUCGCCAGAAGCACAGAAUAACAGCAAUCCCUCCGGCGAUAGAACUACCAGUGCGUUGAACUCCGGAAGUGCAAUGCCAGAGAUCGUCCCCUUGGGCAGUUCUACUUCAACAAUCGCACAACUAAAACCAUCGUCUCAAGAUUCAGAUUCCAUCUUACAAAACUACACAUCAUCAUCAUCAAAAGUUACACCGGUGAAAAGAUCCGGUUCACGGCUGGGCUCGUUCUUCAAGAGACUACUGCCCUCUAAGAAGAAGGCCAAGAAGGACGAGUCUCCUCAGAAAACCAUUCCAUCCCACAACCUGAUGGCUUCCACAAUUAUAACCCCACCGCAAACUUCAUCCUCAUCGAAAUCGUUCCCUUCCCAAUCGGACACUUCAGGUAUUCUUCUACCUGAUACGGAAGACGACGUAGACGAUGAGAGGCUACAGGGCUUAAUGGAUAUUGAUUUGGUGUUCGACUCUAUUUUGUUAAAAUCAGAACAACGUCCACAGCAUGUUGUGGACAACGCCCUGAUCAAACAGUUCAAUAGGAGCAUAAAAGUGAGUUCACCUCCCACUUCAACAACAAGUAUCACCAAUACCACAGUCAUUACGAGUUCCGGCAAUACCAAUGCUGCUAAUAAUACUACUACUACUACAUCAGCUACAUCAGCUACCACAGCCACCACGACCACCACCGACUCUUCUACUGAAACCGUACAACCACCAAAACGCUCUUCAAGGAGACCCAUGAUGAGACGUGACUCCCAAGGAAGGAUCAUUCACAGUUCGGCAAAUUACAAAAGACUUUCGCCAGAUAGUCGCAUCAUGGAACAUCUGCGCCAAAACUGGAAAGCAGUACACGAUGACUCUGUGAUCCCAUCAACGACGGCUAAUCGCAACAAAGAGUCUUCGACAGCUUCUUCCUCCUCUUCCUCUUCUCUCAUGAAGAAGUGCAGAUUUAAUGACGAAAUAUAUGUCAAAGAUACCUUUUCUGCACUAGAGUAUGCACGCUCAGACAAAGGGUUCCUUGAAAACCGCAGGCAACUACUGAAGAGUAGAUUCAUCGAUGGGAUCAAAAUGGAACUGAAUGAAUUCAAGAAAAGAGAAAUGCUGGUUCAUCCUAAUAGUACUCAAUACACUCACUUCUUCCUAUAA